AUGACGAGGCAACCCUCUGACGCUUUCCUCCCCUCUGGAGGCUUCGACCACGACGCCCUACUUCCGGCCUCACCUACCUUCGCCAGUACAGCCGUGCCGCCCACCACCCACGACUUGCAAUCAUUUUAUCAAUACCACACACACGGCGCGACGGACGCUGCCGCUGCUUCUGCCGCCGCCCCCGCCUUCGCUGGUCCCUCUGCGCCACAUUUCAACUAUGCCUUCUCCCACAUACCCCUCGCCUCCUCGCUGAAUCCCUCUCUACGCCGCGAUAGCAGCCCCUCGCCCACCAAUAUUGGCCUCGCCCAGGCCCCCAGGCCCGCAAUGCCGCCUCCUCCGGCUGGCAGCCUCCGCCGCGAUACCGUCUCUCCCAACCUCGGUGUGGCCACCUCGCUGUCGCGCUCUGCCUCUGCAGACGCCGCGGCGCCACAGCAGACGUCGCUGCAUCUCGUCCAACGCCUCGCCCAGCAAAACUCGCUGAUCCGCGAGGCCUGGGAGGCCGAACGCAAAUACCUCGAAGCGAAUCGCAGGCGUGCCGAAGAAGUCUACCAGGAGGAGCGUACAAUCAUGGAAGACAUGCGCGAGUCAUGGAUCACCGAAAAGACCGCCAUGCAACGCGAGCUGCAUGCGUUGCGUGAGCGUGUCCACCAUCUCGAGAGCGAAACUGCCGGCCUCAAAUCGCUCACCUCCCCAAGCAGUCAACUAAGCGGUCUUGUCUCGCCCGCCACUGGUGCCAAGCUGCAUGCCGACUCGUUGCCACCAGGUCUGCAGGGUGCCUCGCAGCGACCACACUUUCUCAGCAGCAGCGCAUCGCGCACGUCUCCCACGGGUAACCCCGAGCAGUCUGCGCUCAUGCCUCUCGAUCCGCGCACCCAACCCGAGACGUCUUCUGCUCGCGACUUUCUUGCCUCUCGCAAGAAGACGAACGACGCACCGAUCCCGCUCAUUGAUGUACACGAGAUCGACCCAAAAUUGGACGGCAUCUUCAUCAAGGCCAACGCAGUCCGCGACACAUUUACCCAGUCCUCCAUCAAGUCUUCGCCCGCGACGUCGCCACCCACGGAUCAGAGCUCCUCGGAGCGGGAGGGUGCGCCCAACCGGCGAUCCUCCUCCAAGGCCCAGACAAUGCAAGCACUCGCAGCGGGUGAGAUGCGCCGUAGGACGAUGCACGCGGGGCACACACCCAAUCACUCCCUCUCUCUCUUUCCUACCAUGACAACGCUAGAUGGAAGCAUGACGGCCGGUCAAAGUGAGGCGACGACGCCGACGGCUGCGAAUAAAACAGUCGAAGAGGAGGAUAUAGAGCCCGAGGCAGCCCCGGAUCCCGAACCCGUGGAACCCGUGCCAGAGGCGGGCAAGCUGCAGGCUGCCCCAGCCGACAAUGUCGAAGAGGAACCUCGGCUCGAACCCCAGGACGACGUGCCGCUCAAAGGCCCUCUGAUGAUCAAGAACAUUCCCGCUCAAGACGAGAUCUUCUGGGCCCGCGUCAACCAGAAGCUCGAGGGUAUCAGCCACAGUGAAGAGGAGGCGCUGCCCACCGUCAUCAAGUCGCAGCUGGCAGAGGACGACAAGCCCAAGGCCAACGGCUCGUCCGAGACCUCGGAGACGGCGCCCAAGCCUGUUGAGGUGGACGUGCCGCUCAAAAUUCGCACGACCACCAAUUUUGGCGCCCCGUUUGGCGUGGCAUAG